UCCGUCGACGUUCGACUUUGCUGCUUCUUCCACCACUACCCCGCCACACUACAAGCACAUGGAUUCUCACCUGUUGGCGCAUCCCGACGUCCGGGUACUUCUUUAUUCCUUCCUCCUUCUACUGGGGAUCUACGUAAGCGUGAUGUACACGUGCUGGGGGACUGUUUCACUUUCGAAGGUGAAGGCCGAAUUCAAAGAACGGCAAGACUUGGAGCGAGCAUACGAGGCAACCCUUCAGCGACGAGAAGACAUGCUGUACCACAUUGGCGGCGCUCAGCAGCGGGGAGAGCACCAGCAGGCGGCGGUUUUGGACAAGCAGUUGCUGCGAGUGGAUGGCGACCUAGAUUUGAUAGAAGAACGCUUGCGAGAUCUGGACGCGAGACACAGGAGCAAGAGACCCAAGUUGAAGAUGUAGCGUCAACAUGGGCGUGUUGUUUCAUGGUGCAAGUGGGGCGUGUUUUCAGAUCACCAGUGGAAAGCUCCGUAUCGUUGCCUACUUUUGACGUUUUGCCAGGCCUUGUACAGAAGAUCCAAGACGAGUCAAGAGACGAUAGGUGUCUGUCGACCUUGUCAUCCGCGGUGUCGUAGAGUACACGAUUGUUUCGAACGGGUAUUGUAGGAUGAUGGAUAGACGAGACACCAUGCUCGUGAUAGGGCGGCGGGAUUGUGAGUAGUCUCGCAAAACACAAAGCUCCUUGGUUCGCAUUAGGACAGGAGACAUGACCUGUCGCAGAUGCCUUUCCCGUGGCGGGUACUAGCGAACGGGACACACUGACUGAUGGUAGUUCAAUAACAUUAUGAUCUAUCUGCUGCUUCUUGCCCACCGUUGCUCCACGGUGCCUGGGCAGGCGAACACACUCUCAAUUUUUCAUAAGAUAAGAUAAGGCUGCUUCCUG